CCGAGCGGUGCCGAGCUCACUGUGGGCUGCCUUUACGGCGCGCGGGGAGCGUGACCGCGCGGCUCAAGCCAAGCUCGAAACGCAAGAGCGGCUCGCACCGUUACACCGGAACCGAGACGCGUCUCCGUUUCAUGCUUCUGAUAAUGAUCACGAGGCGCAGGUGACAUGUCGAGGUCCUGAAACCUGGGCUCAGGUAGCUGAAUCCGGGAGUUGGCGAACCAUCGGACCAAAACCCAAUAACGGGAGUCCACCGCUCCGUCUGCACAUUAUCUUUAAAUUAAGCCCAAGUCAAAGAAGACAAGUUGAUAUGAAUUGCAACACAGAUUAGCCGAUAUUGCUUAUUGAGCUUUAUCUAAAAGCGUACUUUUCAUAUACUGCUGAAGUCGACAGUUUCCGACCUGUGGCCCCGGACCCAACAAAGAUGGCCGCCGCGCUCAUCCGAAUCCUGCUCUCCGUUGCCGCGGUGACCGUCUUGGCGGCCGCUAACGGUGCAGUCUUGAGUCCCGAGGACCCCGAAGUUCUCAAAGCAGCGAACUUCGCCAUCAGCACCUACAACCAGUUUAACAACAACAACAACCCGUACGCCUACAAACUCCUCUCUGUGGAGUCGGCCACUGCUCAGAUUUACCCCCCUGCGCGGGUGAAGUACAGUCUGUGGGUGAGUGUGGGACAGACCGUGUGUAAGAACCGACCGGACAUCAGCCUGACCCAGUGUGCUCUGCAGAACACACACACGAUGACCUGCAGAUUUGUGGUUCUGGCCGUCCCAAACUCAGCCCUGCCCAGCUACCUUCUGAUGGACCAGUGCCAGUGAUUGGGAUCCGCUCUCCCUCCUCUAUCUGUACCCCUCUCUGUACUGAGAUCCACAUCUGAAUAAAGCAGACUAUCCACUGUCCUUAAAAA